UAGAACAACUCUCUCUCUCUUUAAAUUUUCUGUUGAGGGACAAAUGGGGAUUCUGGUGAGACGAGAGAUUUUGCAGAGAGCAACAAACAACAGCCGAGGAAAGAAUACGAAAACUGAAUCAUCCAAAGUCAAAAAAUUGACAAUAAAAAGUGACCAAUAGAAAUUUCUCGUGGCUGGUGGUGUCAUUUUGACAUUGGACUUUAAGCGUCUUUUGGUGGAUGGUAAAUCGUCUCUAAAAUUUCCAUUUUAAAAUAAAAUGAUUGAGUCGAAGUUGCGAUGAAUGAAGAAAAGGAUUGUUAUUUUAAAGGAGACUUUAAACUUGGUCCUACAUUUAUUGAUGAAUAUGUUGUCAGUAUUACAAAUAAAUCUAUAUUGUAUGAAUCGAAAUCCACAAAAGUUGUUCAUGAAAUUAACUUGGAUAAUGUUGUUGGGUCACACGUCAGUAAAUCAUCCAUGGACAAUACGAUGGCAAUAAAGAAUACGAUUCAUAUUAUAUCUUAUCCUUUUAAAAAGAGGAUGUUUUCUUCAUCAUUACAAAGAUGUCGAGUGGAGCACGUAUUUAGUGCAGCCAAUGAUGGAAAUGUAGAAAAUAGUUUGGAAACUGCAGAGAAAUUUGUUCGUUGCAUCAAGUGGCUUUUGGAGAAACCGUCCGAUGGCAUUAUGAUCACUGAAUAUAAAGAUAAUCCUCGUCAACAGCAAUUCUUAAUCUUCAUUAAUCCUUUUGGCGGUCAAGGUUCAGCCAAAAAUAUCUUUGAAAAAAACAUAAAACCCAUGCUUGAUGAUGCUAAUGUGGAUUUUGACACAAAAAUUACUGCUCAUAAGGGACAUGCUCAAGAAAUUAUUGAAAAUAUGAAUGACUUGAAGAAAUAUGAUUGCAUUGUAUGCUGUAGUGGUGAUGGUAUUGUCAAUGAGGUAAUAAAUGGUUUGAUGCGACAUCGUGAUUGGGAAGAAGUUAUCAAAAUACCUCUGGGUCACAUACCGUGUGGUUCAGGAAACGGUCUUUGUGCUGCAGCUUUACAUCAUGCAGAUGAACCGUUUGAUUUGGUGAGCUCAGUGUUCAACGUCAUCACUGGUGAUAACUUACCAAUGGAUAUUAUAAAAGCUCAAACAAGUAAACAAGAAGUUCGAUAUUCGUUUCUUUCAAUUGUGUUUGGUAUUGUCUCCGAUGUUGAUAUUGAGUCUGAAAGAUUUCGAUUUAUUGGUGAUCUCCGAUUUUCUAUUGUCGCAAUUCAAAAGAUUUUUUCAAAAAAAGUCUUCUCGGGAAAACUUUGGUAUCUCCCUGCCAGAGAUGAUUCCACAAUGACACAUCUAAACAGUGACAUGAAAUGUAGAAAAAAUUCUUUACAUUGCCAAAGGGAAGAUGGUGUUGUACAAAGUGAGGACAAUGAAACCUUGAAUGGUCAUCAAAACAAAGCAACAAAAAGCUCUACAGAAGAUGAAAAGUUUAACGAUUGUGAUGUAGAGAAAUCCAAAGUACAAAAUGGUGUUUUUAGUGAUCAACGAAUGAUCAAUGAAUCGACUACAACAUGUAGUCCCUUUAUUCAUACAAAUCUUCCUGAUUUUGAUGAAGAAAUUCCAGAGACCUGGAAACUAAUUGAGGAUGAUUUUGUUGGGCUCUUAUUUCUGAGCCUUUCCCAUAUUGGUAAUAACGUAUUUUCUGCACCAAAAGCGACUUUUGGUGAUGGUAUUAUACAUUGCAUGCGUUUUCAUGGCGGAAUGAGCAGAACAGAACUUGUUAAGGUAAUGACAAAUUUUCCUACUGGAGAACAUGUGAACGUCAACAAUCUAAGCAUGUACGAAGCACGUGCUUUUCGACUUGAGUCAACUUCGUCGACGUCAGACAUCAUAACAAUGGAUGGAGAAAGGUUUCAAUGGGAUAAACUACAGGCGGAGAUCUAUAAAGGACUGGCACGAGUAAGAUGUCGUCUUCCUAAUAAGGAGAAGUGUAAUUAUCUUAAAUAAAACAAUGUUCGAUAGUGGAAAAUUUAUUAUUGUCAUUGGGAACUCUCAAUGAUUUGUACUGGAAUACUGAGUAAUUUUCAAAGCUGAAAAUUAAGAAAGGUGAAUAUUAAUGCAUUUUUUUUGUUUUUCUCUUAUGAAGAUUUGACUAUUAUAGUUUUUACAUUAAAAGUAUUGUUACCUGUUGUUAAACCAGUCUUUUGAUAAUAACAGUGUUAUUGAAACUUUUUAA